AUGUUGCCCGCUUUGCCCGUGCUGGCCUCACUCUUCCCGUCGGUAUUCGCCGCUCAACCCGCUGCUCCGGCUCCCAUCUCCGCACCACUGCGUGAUCUGGAGUUCGGUCAACUAAAUUUCCUUCAUACAACUGAUACUCAUGGCUGGUUAGCGGGUCAUUUAUCCGAACCAUCCUUUUCCGCCGACUGGGGAGACUAUAUCUCAUUUUCAACCCGGAUCCGAGAAAAGGUAGAGGCUCAAGGUCAAGACUUGCUGGUGAUAGAUACAGGUGAUCGAGUAGAGGGAAGUGGCCUCUAUGAUUCCUCAGAACCCAAAGGAAUCUAUCUGUCGGAAAUACUUCGGCAUCAACAUAUCGAUGUGAUAACGUCUGGAAAUCAUGAACUAUACCAGAAGAACACAUCCAUCAAUGAACUCUUGACGACUGUGACCAAUUUCCGGGGUCAUUACCUCGCAUCAAAUAUUGAUAUCUAUCAUCCUAUCACACAAGAGCUGGUCCCACUUGCCCCACGCUAUAAGAAGUUCACUACUAAACUACAAGGAAUCCGGGUUGUAGCAUUUGGCUUUCUCUUCAAUUUCAACGGCAAUUACAACAAUACUAUUGUUCAGCCAGUGGAAGAAACCAUCCAGGAAGAGUGGUUUCAGGAGGCGAUUCAGGAUAAAGAAGUGGAUCUGUUCUUGGUUGCUGGGCAUGUCCCCGCGCAUUCGCCGGAAUAUCGUGCGAUCUUCAGGGCGAUCCGCAAGGCCCACUGGGCCACACCGAUCCAGUUCUUUGCGGGACAUCAACACAUUCGCGAUUAUGCGAAAUAUGAUUCCAAGGCUUACGCUCUGGCUAGUGGCCGAUUUAUGGAGACCAUUGGUUUCAUGUCUAUUGAUGGCCUCUCCACUAGUACCCGACCAAGUGCGGGCUCGAGUCCCAUCUUCAAGCGACGAUACAUAGAUAACAACCUCUUCUCUUUCUACCACCACACUGGUCUGGAUGAAGAGUCAUUCCCGACUGAGAAGGGGCUCAGUGUCUCCCAGAUUAUCGCGGAUGCACGCAGUGCCUUGCAAUUAGAUGUUGUCUAUGGAUGUGCUCCACAGAACCUCUGGAUGUCUCGAGUACCGUAUCCCCACCCAGACAGUGUGUAUACCUGGCUGGAAACCGAGGUUUUGGCUACUUCAUUGAAAGAUGAAUCUCGUGGCGAUACUCCCACUGUCGCCAUAAUGAAUACGGGCGGAAUUCGUUUCGACAUCUUCAAGGGACAGUUCACUCGUGACACUGUCUGGACUAUCUCCCCCUUCUCUAACAAAUUUCGCUAUGUGAAGGACGUUCCUUAUGAUAAAGUGCAACUGAUCAUGGAGGUUCUUAACAAACAGACCAAAAUCUUCUCAGAGUUAUCAGAGGAGACUCUGGAUAAUAUGGCUUCCCCUGAUCAACAGGAACACAUAGAGCAUGUUCUCAAAGCUGGCAGCGAGGACCCAUCAUUCCGAAUGAACGGUGAUGGCCUAAAUCAAGUUCCUCUUUCCAAGCGAAGUGAUGGUACCAGUAUCAUCCCUGGCUACGUCACCCAAGAUGAUGCUAGCACAGAUGGAGACGAUACAAUUCACUCCCCAAUCAAGAUGUAUCAAGUUCCCAAUUGCAUUCAAGCACAUAUUGCAGGCAACGCAACAACGGCACCUGAGACUGUGGACUUUGUCUACAUUGAAUUCAUUGAGCCAUUUUUGGUUUUGGCGGGCAAGUAUGCUGAUCUCAAUGUCGACUUUGUCAAGGACAGUAAGGAGUACAUGUCUGGUGCAACCAUGACGGAUGUGAUCAUAGAUUGGGUGGAGAAGAAUUGGAAAUGCGAGUAA